AUGCUUCGAAUGGCGGGGCCGAUAGAAACAGCUAUUAAACGCAAGCUUACGAGCGAAUUCUCACCCAAGUACCUUGCUAUUGCCAACGACUCGCACAAACACGCACACCAUGCGGGUAUUCGCGGCGCUACCAACACCACUGAGUCGCAUUUCCGCAUAACCAUCGUGAGCGACAAGUUUGCCGGACGCUUGACCACGAGCUACAGAAUGAGGGCGUCCAUGCACUGCAGCUGA